UCCGUGCGACUCCCUCCCUGCGUGGGUGAGGGAGGAGUAAGAAAACCCCUUCGCUGGACCUUUCGCUGCUUCAAGCUUCUUGACCCAAAAACACUCUCCUGAGAACAACUACUGCUACAAUGUUCGUCAAGGCUGGACUAUGGGGUCUCAAGAUCGAGGCCGGCAAGGAGUACUCUCAAUUGAUUGACAGCAGCUUCACCGUCACCUCUGCCGCCCUCAGCUUCGACCUCCCCAAGAACGGCACUCGUACAGUCGUCUCCUUGACCACAAACGAGAAGGAGUUUGUCCUCUGCUCUCUUACACCCGGCAAGAUUGAGCAGCAGGUCGUUGACUUGAGCUUCCUCGAGGGUGACGAGAUCACUUUUAAAUCUACUGGAAACUGCGAUAUCGAUUUGCUCGGGAAUUACCUCGUCGAUACUGCUGAGUUUCCCAAUGAGUAUGAUUCUGAUGAUUCUGAGGAGAACAUGUGGAUGGACGGUGACUCCGACGACAUGGAAGGCGACUCCGACGACGACGAGGACCUCGAAGACGUCGACUCUGACGAGCUUGAGCAGAUCAUCAACGGCAAGAGGAAGCUGCCCACCAUUCCCGACUCCACAUCUGCCAAGAAGGCCAAGAUCGUCGAGCUCAAGGAGGAGGCCGUGAAGCCCACCAAGGCCGCCGCGAAGAAGGAGGAGAAGGCUGCUGAGAAGGCUACUCCCGCGAAGAAGGAGGCUGCCAAGAAGGAGACCCCAGCUGCCUCCAAGAAGGACGCCGCUGCCGCUGCUGCCAAGGAGACCACCCCUGCCAAGAAGGACACUACCCCCUCCAAGAAGGAAGCCGCCGCUGCAAAGAAGGAAGCCACCACCCCCGCUGUGUCCGCCAAAGCCGUCGCAAAAGCCGCCGCUCAAACCACCCCUAAAGAGGACCCCAAAGCCGCCGCUAAACCCGCCCCUGCCACAACCGCCAAGACCUCCGCCCCUAAGACCAAGAAACUCCCCUCCGGCCUAAUCAUGGAAGACGUCCUCGAAGGCCAAGGCGCAAAAGCCAAAGCUGGCAAACGCGUCGGCGUGCGAUACAUUGGCCGCUUGACCAACGGGAAGGUGUUUGACUCCAACACCAAGGGUGCCCCAUUCAGGUUCAGGUUGGGUGCCGGUGAGGUGAUCAAGGGGUGGGAUCAGGGUGUGCAGGGGAUGGGUGUCGGUGGAACGAGGAAGUUGACGAUUCCGGCUGCGUUGGCUUAUGGGUCUCGCGGCGCCCCCCCAGACAUCCCCGGCAACGCCACCCUCGAGUUUGAAAUCAAACUCCUCGAGAUCAAGUAAACUAUCCCAUCCAUACAAUCCAUUCAUACCACCCCCAAUAGAACACACAACAACCCCUUGUGCAUUCGUUGCCUAAGUACAAUGUUUGCUCCUAACACCACAAAGGGGCUCUAAAUCCCUCGUUGAGCACUUUCUUAUUUCAUUUAUCUUUAUAUUAUGGCUUUUCGGCCUGUGCAACUGAGAGAUUCUUUGU